AUGAACAACCGUGGAGAUCGUCGACGCCGUCUUGCGAAGGCAUGCGAUCAUUGUCGCAAGGGUAAAAUUCGGUGCGAUGGAUCUCGACCAGUCUGUGGACGUUGUCGGGGUGGUGGAAGUGAGUGUCACUAUACAGAUGUUCACAAGCCCGAUCCACGUCGACGUCGCGUCGCGUCUCAAAACUCCGCUAGUCCUAGGCCUAGGCGGGAGACAACGAAUUCUGUUCAACCCCUGCAAUCAGACUCCAUUGCUGUGCAGGGAGGUACAGAGCCUCAGCCUGUUGGUGAAGAAACCUUUCAUGAGCCAGGUGGAUUGAACAGAACAGCCUCGACCCCCCAGGAUGCGAUAUAUGGAGAGCGCGAAGACAUGCGAUACUUUGGUCCGCCUUCGGGCAUAACUCUUGUCUCAGCUGCCACCCCAGAGAGACGGAGCGGGCAGAAACCGGUAUCAUGGUCUCAAUGGACGCACCAAUCUAUAGAACCCAUAUUCGCAAGGCGAAUCAUGAAACCUCUACCAUCCUGGACCGAGGCAUUCUCACUUGUCAGUGAAUUCUUCACUCACGAACAUCAAGCCUUCGGCUGUUUCAAUCCUCCGACAUUCAUGGCUCUUCUUGGUCAGCAUUACUCAGGAACAGGUACUGACAGUCCUUCCUGGUGGGUUUCACUCAAUGCUGUCAUUGCCAUUGCCCAGCGUCGUCGAGCUGAGGCAGCUCAGUCAGCAGCCGAUGAAGAUCUUGCUUGGGGAUAUGCGUCAAAUGCGCUUGCGGGGACUUCGGAAGUCCUUAUGCGAAGUACUCAAUUAUCCUCUGUUCAAGCUCUUCUCGCCGUUGCGUGGUUUUUUAUCGGGACACCAAACCCCCAGCCCAGCUUCAUGUUGGUUGGGUGUGCUAUACGGCUUGGCCAUUCUAUAGGAAUUCAUGUCGAUAGCCAAGAUCCCUCUUUGAGCCCAGCUGAUAAGUACCUAAGGAAAAAGGUAUAUGGUAUUGCUACGUACAUGGAUUUAGAGCUGUGUCUUCGGACGGGGAGACCGCCUUGCCACAAUCUCAAUGAAGUCUGCAUUGACCCACCAGGAACUUCACCGGAUGAGACCGAGAUAGUAACGACGACAGGUGGGCUAAAAGUGAACCUUUACAAUGCUCAGAUGCAGCUAUCUAGCAUCCGAGGCUCGAUCUAUCGAGAGAUCAAUCCAAACAAGCCAUCACCAACUGGCACCACGAAAUCCAUCUCGAGUCUGAUAGAGAAGCUCGAAAGCUGGCAGACCGAGUUUGCACCGGCACUUGAUGGUAAAUCUACACAAACCUACGAACAUCAUGGUUUAAUCCGUUUGUAUCUUGCAUACUGCCACACUCUCAUCAUCGUAAAUCGUACGCAUAGCUUCAAAUAUUGGGCAUCACCCGAACUCAUGAACACAUCGGCCCUGCCUUCAACCAUAACAUCUUCCAUCGAGAAUUGUAUACGCACCUCACGUUGCAUUAUUGAGUUGACAAAGCUUGUAUCAGAUAAGUGGAAGAGAUUCCAUUGUAGCAGGGACACUAUUCCACCACUCUUGAGUGCUGUUGUGAUAUUAUGCAUAAAUGUAAUACACAAUCUUGUGGAUCAGGAUACACAAAACGACAUGUCUCUCGUUAGCGACAGUGUCCAAAUUAUCAAGACUCUAGAUGAUGCGACCAUCAACAAUUGUGUCAGUCGAGCCUACAAAUCCGAAUAA